UUACUGAUUUCUCAAUCUACUUUGCUCAUAAAUAGGUUCUCCUCUUCACUAGCUCAAAUCAUCAUUAUCACUAGAAACUAAGGCAUGUCUUCCCGAAUCAUCAUCGAUUCCGUUAUGUCAACGAUCGUCUUGUCUCUCUUGAUCAUUCUCGGUGUCCUCUUUGCUCCCGACCUGGCCGAUGGUGUGGCGGUGGGUGACAAUGUGAUUGACCGGUGCUGGAAGUUGAACUCGGACUGGAGGAGGAACCGCCACCAGCUCGCCACUUGUUCUGUCGGGUUCUCGGGGAAGAUGACUGGAAACAUUGGCAAAGGGACCGUGUCCUACACUGUCACAGACCCCGGGGAUGACCCUCUGAAUCCGAGGCCUGGGACCCUGAGGUACGGGGCUACGAUGAUCAAAGGGAAAGUCUGGAUCUCCUUCCAGAGGGACAUGACCAUCAAACUUGCCAAGCCUCUUCUCAUAGGUAGCUUCACUGCCAUCGACGGCAGAGGAGCGACCGUUCACAUCGCUGGGGGUGCUUGCCUUACGGUCCUUCAAGCACACGAUGUAAUCAUCCACGGACUCCACAUCCACUAUUGCCAGGCCCAGCCCGCGAGCCAAGUAAUGGGCCCGGGAGGGAAGGUGGUGUCGCUUGGCCCUGUCGACGCGGAUGCGAUCCGCCUGGUCACGGCAUCAAAGGUGUGGAUCGACCACAACACGCUGUCUCAAUGCCAGGACGGCCUCGUGGACGUGACUCGUGGCUCGACCGGCAUCACCAUAUCGAACAACCGGUUCAUAAACCAAGACAAGGUCAUGCUCCUCGGUCACGAUGAUGGCUACAUUCGUGAUAAGAACAUGAAGGUUACCGUCGUCUACAACCAUUUCGGACCCAACUGUAACCAACGCAUGCCCAGGGUACGUCAUGGAUAUGCUCACGUAGCAAACAAUCUCUAUGAAGGUUGGUCACAGUAUGCCAUCGGGGGAAGUUCGGCCCCCAGCAUCAAGAGCCAAGCCAACCUCUUCAUUGCCCCUAACAAAAACAAGGAGGUAACUUGGAGGCAGGGCAACGAUGAAAAGUCAUGGAACAUCUACUCAGUAGGGGAUGCGUUUGAGAACGGGGCCUCCUUCAUUCCAACAGGGAAAUUUGGAGCUGCGAAGCCGAACUAUGGCCCCGAUCAGAGGUUUCCAGUUGCUAAUGCCCACUCGGUAAGGGCCCUCACAAGGACCUCAGGUGCCCAGAAGCUCUAGUUAAGCUGCUAAAGCAAUACCAUCUAACUUCCUUCCCGAUUAUAAUCGUCAUGUACCCACGCUACUGGGAGAGUCAAGUUUGUGAAUUCCACAACCCCGACUCACCACAUUACUCAAUAAUAUAACAGAUACAGUAUCAGUUACAGCCCGUAACAUACCGUCUUGUCUAGCACUUGGGACUGGGCAUGAUUCUAGCUAGGACUGAAGUUCGAAUGUCAGGGCAAAUACGGAAGAUUUAUCUGUAACUAGAAUUUGAUUUGUAUAUAGAAUUCACUAGUCCCUUCAAUGAAAGGCAUGUCGUGCAGUGUCUUUAACAACGUUCUUUGUGCGCUGUAAAAUGUUCCGGAAAUAUCUUCCGCUUCGCUGCAAAUUUAUUCUGCAGGAUUAAUGAGGCAAUAGGUAUGGAAGCAAUAAAA